UGUUACAAAUUACAACUCAUAGAACAGGAUUAUAUUCAAUAACACUUAUAUUAUGAUGUAUGAUGAUAUAUGAGAUCUUUACCUUUUUUUAAAUCUUAUAGAUUUGAGGAGUUCAAAUGUGUCGAUUGUAAUGGGUUGUAUUGAAAAUAUAAAAGGGAGAAUAACGACAACAGGUGGUUUCUGUCAAUGCUGACAGUUGUCAGAUGGGAUGUUCUACUGAUUAUUGUCCAGGCUUGACAGACAUGGAGAAGCUCCUGGGCCUCCUGCUUCUUCUUCUGGGCGUUGUGUUCGUGUCUUCGUUCGCUGUGCUAGUCGCCCUCUGUCGCUACAAGAUCCUGCGUAGAGGUCUGCGCCUGCGUCCCAGUCAUACUCGUAUAAGGCUUGUCGAAAAACAGCCAACCAAGACGGAUCGCCUGGACGAACGGUGCAAGGAGUUAGUUGGACUUUGUGGAUCGCUCUACCUGCCCGCUUGGAGAAUAUCGGAGGGCGACUUGCACGACCUACGCCGUAUAGUCGACCUGGCGCGUAGCAUUACAGAGUCUGAUCUGGGCACGCCGAUCUGCGACGACACGGCCCGACUUCUCAUUCAGGCAUCCAAAACAAUGGCCAGGGUGGAAGAAAGGCUGAAAGAUGUUGAAGAGAUUUCAACACCAGACAACACUGUUGACAUGAUACAGAUUUGACUGGCACCAGUACAGCCGGACCUGCUGAAUCACCGUUUAUAAAAAAAAAAGUUAAUUAUAAUCAACAAUAUUAUAUGUUAAUAAAAAUAUUUUGUUAC